AAUGCUGUGGCUGUUUACUAGGCAAUUCCCUGACUUGAAUUUAAUCGUUCGCAGAUUGAGAGACAGAACUUUAGUGAAGAUGCUACUUUUCUGAAGAAAAAGCAUGUGCUGUUGGCAUGGAUAAUCCACCUCUCCAAGAGUAGCUAGGUCUACAGGAGAAGAUCUCUUGUCAACAUAGUGCUGGCUCCAUGGGGAAUUAGGUGCUGAGGAAGUCUUACUGCUCGCUAGAAGAACAGACUUGCGAAGAAUCUCCUUGGACAUGCCAGACUUUACUGAUAUUAUUCUGCAGAUAGACAAUAUCAGGCAUGCAAUUGCCAUAGACUAUGAUCCUGUUGAGGGCUACAUAUACUGGACUGAUGACGAUGUCCGGGCUAUUCGUCGGGCUUACUUGGAUGGAUCAGGAGCACAGACCCUGGUGACCACGGAAAUUAAUCAUCCUGAUGGCAUAGCAGUGGAUUGGGUGGCAAGGAACCUAUAUUGGACUGACACAGGAACAGACCGCAUUGAAGUAACCCGAUUGAAUGGGACAUCCAGAAAAAUCCUUAUUUCAGAAAAUCUAGAUGAACCCAGAGCAAUAGUGCUGAAUCCUAUGAUGGGCUACAUGUAUUGGACAGACUGGGGUGAAAAUCCAAAGAUCGAAUGUGCUUAUUUGGAUGGCUCUGAAAGGAGGGUCCUGGUGAACACUUCUCUAGGUUGGCCUAAUGGCUUGGCAUUGGAUCUUGAAGAAAACAAACUCUACUGGGGAGAUGCAAAGACAGACAAAAUUGAAGUAAUAAAUGUUGAUGGAACCAUGAGGAAAACUCUACUAGAAGACAAGCUUCCUCAUAUAUUUGGGUUUACUCUGCUGGGGGACUACAUCUACUGGACAGACUGGCAGCGACGAAGCAUUGAAAGAGUUCACAAAAUAAGAGCAAGCCGGGAUAUCAUAAUAGAUCAGUUGCCAGACCUAAUGGGCCUCAAAGCAGCAAGUGUCACCAGAGUGUUUGGAACCAAUCCUUGUGCUGAGAAUAAUGGAGGUUGUAGCCAUCUGUGUUUCUUCACACCUCUGGAGACCAGAUGUGCUUGUCCCAUAGGACUGGAGUUACUGAGUGACAUGAAGACCUGCAUUAUUCCUGAAGCCUUCCUUGUCUUCACCAGCAGAGCAGCAAUUCAUAGGAUUUCCCUCGAAACUAACAAUAAUGAUGUAGCUAUUCCUCUUACUGGUGUCAAAGAGGCAUCUGCUCUGGAUUUUGAUGUGUCUGAUAAUAGAAUCUAUUGGACAGACAUUAGCUUAAAGACCAUAAGCCGGGCUUUCAUGAAUGGGAGCUCAGUUGAACAUGUAAUUGAGUUUGGGUUAGACUACCCUGAAGGAAUGGCAGUAGACUGGAUGGGAAAGAACCUUUACUGGGCAGAUACUGGAACCAAUCGAAUUGAAGUAGCACGUCUAGAUGGACAGUACAGACAGGUUCUUGUGUGGAAGGAUUUGGAUAACCCAAGAUCUUUGGCCCUUGAUCCUACUAAAGGGUAUAUGUACUGGACAGAGUGGGGAGGUAAACCAAGGAUUGUUCGGGCAUAUAUGGAUGGGACAAACAGCAUCACUUUGGUUGACAAAGUGGGACGUGCCAAUGAUUUAACAAUUGACUAUACAGACCAAAGACUAUACUGGACUGACCUAGACACAAGUAUGAUUGAAUCAUCAAACAUGCUAGGUCAAGACAGGGAAAUAAUAGCAGAUGAUCUACCUCAUCCAUUUGGACUUACACAGUACAGUGAUUACAUUUACUGGACAGACUGGAACCUUCACAGUAUCGAAAGAGCAGACAAGGCCAAUGGGAAGAAUCGGACACUAAUUCAAGGCCAUCUGGAUUUUGUGAUGGACAUAUUGGUCUUUCAUUCUUCACGCCAGGAUGGCUUGAAUGACUGCAUGCAGAACAAUGGGCACUGUGGUCAGUUGUGCCUUGCCAUACCUAAUGGGUAUAGAUGUGGCUGUGCCUCUCACUAUAUCUUGGAUCCCAACAGCAGGAACUGCAGUUCACCCACCAGCUUCUUACUGUUUAGCCAGAAGUCUGCGAUCAGUCGGAUGAUACCAGAUGACCAGCAAAGUCCAGAUGUCAUCCUUCCUGUGCAUGGUCUAAGAAACGUCAAGGCCAUUGAUUAUGAUCCCUUAGAUAAACUGAUCUAUUGGGUGGAUGGACGUCAGAAUAUUAUUAAAAGAGCCAAAGAUGAUGGUACCCAGCCUUUCACUGUGAUGAGCACUCCAAACCAAAGCCAAAAUCCAGAGAAGCAGCCACAUGACUUGAGUAUUGAUAUUUACAGCCAUACCUUGUACUGGACUUGUGAAGCCACAAAUUCAAUCAGUGUUCACAGACUUAAUGGGGAGCCAAUUGGAACAGUGCUAAAAGGAGAUCACGAUAAGCCAAGAGCCAUAGUAGUCAAUGCAGAGAGAGGGUACAUGUACUUCACCAACAUGCAAGAGCGAGCCCCAAAGAUAGAGCGUGCAGCUCUGGAUGGCACGGAGCGAGAAGUGCUCUUUAGUACCGGGCUGAUCCGACCUGUUGCGCUGGUCAUUGACAACAAGUUGGGGAAACUCUUCUGGGUGGACGCAGAUCUCAAACGCAUCGAAAGCUGUGAUUUGUCGGGAGCUAACCGUGUGACACUGGAGGACUCCAACAUCCUGCAGCCAAUGGGACUGACUGUGUUGGGGAAUCACUUGUACUGGAUCGACCGUCAGCAGCAGAUGAUUGAGAGAGUUGAGAAAACCAAUGGCUAUAAGAGGGCUAGAAUCCAAGGCCGAAUUGUUCACCUGACAGGCAUUCAUGCUGUGGAAGAAGUUGAUAUGAAUGAAUUCUCUGCACAUCCAUGUUCCCGUGACAAUGGCGGCUGUUCACACAUCUGCAUUGCAAAAGGAGAUGGAACCCCAAGAUGCUCAUGCCCAGAUCACCUUGUACUUCUACAGAACCUCUUAACAUGUGGAGAACCUCCAACUUGUUCCCCAGACCAAUUUACCUGUGCAACUGGGGAGAUAGACUGUAUCCCAAUGGCAUGGCGAUGUGAUGGAUUUCCAGAGUGUGAUGACCACAGUGAUGAAGAUAGCUGUCCCAUAUGCUCAGCAGCCCAGUUUCAGUGUGAGAAAGGACAGUGCAUUGAUGCACGCUUACGGUGUAAUGGAGAAAUCGACUGCCAAGAUAAAUCCGACGAAGCAGAUUGCAAUACAAUCUGUCUCCCAAAUCAGUUUCGAUGUGCCAAUGGUCAGUGUAUCCUCGUAAAACAGCAAUGUGACUCCUUUCCAGAUUGCAUUGAUGGUUCCGAUGAACUGAUAUGCGAAAAAAAGGCAUCCCCAGAUGAACCUCAACCCCACAGUAGCGCUAUUGGACCUGUCAUUGGCAUCAUACUCUCCCUUUUUGUCAUGGGAGGAAUGUAUUUUGUUUGCCAGCGAGUGGUAUGUCAGCGCUACUCUGGACCCAAUGGACCUUUUCCACAUGAAUAUGUCAGUGGAACCCCUCAUGUCCCUCUUAAUUUUAUAGCUCCAGGGAGUUCUCAGCAUGGCACUUUUACUGGUAAGGAUGGCAUUUCUUGUGGAAAGUCUAUGAUUAGCUCCAUGAGUCUCAUGGGAGGAAGUAGCGGUGCCCCUCUGUAUGACAGAAACCAUGUUACUGGAGCCUCGUCUAGUAGUUCAUCCAGCACUAAAGCCACUUUUUACCCACAGAUUUUGAAUCCGCCUCCUUCCCCAGCCACUGAUCGCUCCUUAUAUAACACCGAGAUGUUCUAUUCCUCAAACAUUCCUUCAACAAGAUCUUACAGACCUUACCUUAUACGAGGAAUAGCUCCACCCACGACACCAUGCAGCACAGAUGUGUGUGACAGCGAUUACACCACAAGCCGGUGGAAGGCCAACAAAUACUACAUAGAUUUAAAUUCAGACUCAGACCCUUAUCCCCCUCCCCCCACACCUCGCAGCCAGUAUAUGUCAGCAGAAGAAAGCUGCCCUCCAUCUCCAGCCACAGAGCGAAGCUACUUUCAUCUUUACCCCCCUCCACCAUCUCCUUGUACAGACUCCUCAUGACCUUAGCAGAAGGAACUUGUGUUUUACUGUAAAUAUUUUUAAAUAUGAACAAAGAUUAAAAUAUAUAUAUUUUAUAAUUUUAAAAAUAAAUAGGGGUGGGAAUUUUUAAAAAAGAAAAUGUGAAUAAAAGUGGAUAGGGUGGGGCUGUGAAAAUGUGUACAGUGGAAGAAUAUUUAUAAAUUUGAUUUUUUUUUAAUUUAAUGUCCAUUCUUUUGUGCCAUAAUUGCCUUUUUUUUAAUUGAAGUCAGGAAACUGACUUGACCACCAAGGGCUUGGGGGGUGGAAAGAAGAUGUUGAGCCUUUGUGGGUUUUUUACAGUCACUUUUUUAUCCUGUAAAAUGCAUGUCAAUGUGAGGAAAAAAAAAGAAAAGAGUCCUGAAAGGGGCAUGCUAAAGAAGCUAAAUGACAAAAAUUUAAGGUCUCUUGAAAAAGAAGAACAAAAGAAAACAAAACCAGUUCUGUUUCAAAAAUAAUUUGUUCACGGCCAAAAAAUUAAUUACCAAAUUAUAUUUUUUUUAGAAAGUUGAAUUUUAAAAAACCUAAACCAAAAAAAACCCUCUCUCCUGAAUGUUCCAAUUUGCAAAUGAGUCAGUUGCUUUCCAGAUGAUCUCAUGUGCUAAAAGAGGCAUGGAUUUUGAAGCUUAUACUCUGUUCACUCAGACUAGUCACUCUUGUCAGUUUAACGUGAUGACAUAAGCCCCUCCAUCAUUCCCUAGCAGCCACAUCACUGUAGGUGGGCAUGUGACCACAGAGCCAUUCCCAGAGAAAUUGUAGGGGUCAGCCAGGAAAGAUCUGUUACAGCUAGUCAGUCUCCUCCUUCCUGAAAAAUGGCAGCAGUUCUGUCACCUUUUUCCUGAAGUCUGGAAUUUAUAGUCUGUUCUGUAUAUGUAGCUCCCGCCCCUGUAUUUAGCUUAGUGAAUUCCUCUGGUUCCAGAUGUCCGCAUCCCUUAGUGGGGUGUUCCAAUGACAUGUCAGCUCAUAUUUUUUUCAAUAGGAAAGUUUUAAGAUUAAAGGUGUGGGAAACUAACAAAACAAAAAAACACCCCACAUACGUGUAAUUUAGUCAGGGUUGCUGGCAGUGAGUUUAAUUUAAAAGUCAGCAAAAAUAUUUUUAUUUUUAUUUGUUUUGUUUUUUUAGAUAAUUCUCAUAUUGUAGAGACUGCCAAGAAAAUACCACAAAAGAGAUCUGUUUCAGGCAUUUAACACAUAGCACUUAACAAGAUAAUAGCUGAGCAGUUAUCAGUCCCUUUUACAAAACUUAACAGACAUGGACUAAAUGUGAAUUAAACUCCUUGCUAUAGUAAAAGGGCUCUGCCAUUGCACAGCACUUUUAGAAACUGUCCUCAGGACAACAUUCAUAAUGUGGACAUGUAGUCAAGAGGAAAAAAAAUGGAGAUGCAGAUUUGCACCUGUUUUUACAGCUGCUGAAGAACAGAUGCAGUUGGUCAUCGUUUACAGAAAUGAAACCUUUUAAUUUUGGAACUCCAAAUUCGAUUUUUAUUUUAGCAAACUUUUUUUUAAAGCAUGAUUGAGAUACCAAGUGAGUAAGAGGGAAGAGAAUCCUCCAACUAAGAGCCAAAAUUUUUCACUUGCAUCCUUGGUAUGGAUCUACUCUUCAGCCAUUCUGGUCCUGCUAUAUUCUCUGUUCUUCCUAUCCAUAUGGAUCCAAGAACAGACUUUUGUUCACUGUGACUGGCAUUUCAUUAAUACUCCAAAAAAGAGCUUAGUUUGUUAGAUGGGUUGUAAAAUCCGUAGGCUUUCUGAUUUGGAUUCAGCUCACAAUAGAAUCUCUUUGUUUACAUGGAGAAAAACAGAACAAAGUAUUAGAGUUCAAUUUUGCAGAUCAAACCUAUAAUAGGGACAUUGCAAAAUGGAUUUUUUUCCAUGAAUGUUCGUCGUUCUGCAGUAUGUCAGGAGAGAGGAGGUCAUAGUGUCUAUUAACCUUAGUGGA